AUGAAGGCGGAGGGGGGCGACCACUCCAUGAUCAACCUGUCGGUGCAGCAGGUCCUGAGCCUCUGGGCCCACGGGACGGUGCUGAGGAACCUCACGGAGAUGUGGUACUGGAUCUUUCUGUGGGCUCUCUUCUCCUCUCUGUUUGUCCAUGGUGCUGCGGGCGUGUUGAUGUUUGUGAUGCUGCAGAGGCAUAGGCAGGGGAGAGUAAUCUCUCUCAUUGCAGUCAGCAUCGGAUUUCUGGCUUCUGUAACUGGAGCAAUGAUUACUAGCGCAGCAGUCGCGGGCAUCUACCGAGUCGCAGGGAAGAACAUGGCCCCCCUGGAGGCGCUGGUGUGGGGCGUGGGACAGACUGUAUUGACAUUAAUCAUCUCCUUCUCAAGGAUCCUCGCCACACUCUGA